GACUCUCAGCCAUGAAAACACUUGUUCUCCUCUCUCUCCUUGCCCUGCUGGCCUUCCUGGCCCAGGCUGAUCUUCUUCCAGAAGCAGCUGAGGAGACUAAAAAUGAGGUGCAGCCAGGGGUAGAGGACCAGGAUGUGUCCAUCUCCUUUGGGGACCCAGAAGGCUCUGCUCUUCAAGAUGCAGCCUCAAGAAAGUUCUCGACAUGCUCCUGUAGAAGACGAUACUGCAGAUUACGAGAACGCAUCAGGGGAUUCUGCAAAAGAGGCCGCAAACUCUACUUUUACUGCUGCCCCUAAAUACGGAGCCCAGAAA